AUCGCAGCUCUUAGCCUUCGCCCUGGUCGCUGCACGAGCCCGGGGCUGACUCCAGCUGGGGCGGCCGGGCCCGGGGCAGAGCCGAUUGGUCGAAUAAAUAAACACAACACGCAGGCUAAGCGUCACACGCUAGAUAGGCAGGAGCUACACUAGCAAACACACCCCCUGAGUGAGAAACAGGCGGGCAGAUUCUUAAGGCACAAGCUGCCUUGGCUUUGCAGCUUGGAUUUCCCAGGUUUUCUUACACAGGCUGGGAAUCUCUCUCCAGCCUGGGACCAUCACUUCUCGUAGUUCAAUCUUUGUCCCUCAGGUGUUUUCAGGACGAGGCCCAAAAACUGAAGUUUUUGGAUUGCAUCAGCACCUUCAGCAGAGCCCUCAGGCCAGGAGCCCAGAGAGAAACCUCGAUGCUUUUAUCAGCAAAGCCCUUCUUGUGGAGAAGAUAAAGGCCAACCCAUAUAAUAUUUGCAAGAGGCUCUCACUCCCUGGACAACAAGAAGAACUUCAGGUUGUCUUCACUUCUCACAAAUCUCCCCAGCCAAGUACAUUUGCAUAUCCCGGAAACAUCUAAAGACAGAAAGAGAGAGAGGGACACAGAAGACGUAUCUGGGAACUGUCUUGGUCUCUCUGCAGCUCUUUCCUACCUGGCUUACUGGGACCAAUCCUGAGUCACAAGAGCCAGCCUGAUGGAGGGGGAACGAGGCAAUCGAAUGACUGUGUUUAAUCUCGUGGCUGUGUUUGAGGAUCCCAGGGCAGAAAAACCCUGCCGGAGUCCCUUCAAGGAAUCGAGACAGCCCCCAACCAAAACCAAGCCAGCAGUACCGAACUCCACGGCAUCCGCGUUGCUCCCACCCACAGCAGGCAGGGAAGCUCCGAGCAAGGCCAGAGGGGACAGAGCAGAGCCAGAGAACCAGCAUGAGGGGCACCAGCCUCCUCUGAGGGCAAUCCAGCCGCCCCAGUGUCAGGAGCCGGAGGAGAACCCGCCGCAGGGCCGGAGAGGGCUCACUGUCAAGUGUCUCAGUUCCUUCAAGAGCAAAAUCAACAGCAGCAACUGGCGGAGUCAGCAGCCAGUGGAUUCCCAGCCAGGCAGCGAGUUAAACCCAGGAGGCAGCAGGAACCAGGAUCCCGAAGAAAAGAAAAUUGCAUUGGAGCUGUUGGAAACAGAGCAAGCCUACGUCAAUCGACUUCACCUUCUGGACCAGGUGUUUUUUACAGAGCUGAUGAAGGAAGCCAGAAGCGGAAAGAGCAUCCCGGAGGAUGUGGUGAAAAUGAUCUUCUCCAACAUCUCCUCCAUUUACCAGUUCCACGCCCUGUUUUUCCUGCCGGAGCUGCAGAAACGCAUGGAGGAUUGGAGCUCCAAUCCCAGGAUCGGGGAUGUCAUCCAGAAGCUAGCCCCGUUCCUCAAGAUGUACGGCGAGUACGUGAAGAACUUCGACAAGGCGGUUGAGCUGAUCACCACCUGGUGGGAGAAGUCCCCCCCCUUCCAGGAGCUCAUUGUGGACAUUCAGAAGAGGGAAGUCUGUGCUAACUUGACCCUGCAGCACCACAUGCUGGAGCCGGUACAGAGGAUCCCACGCUAUGAACUCCUGCUGAAGGAUUACGUCCGGAAAUUACCUCCAGAGUCACCAGACAGGCAUGACGCAGAGAAAGCCCUGGAAAUGAUUUUCUCUGCAGCCAAACACUCAAAUGCGGCGAUUGCAGAAAUGGAGCGUUUGCAGAACCUCUGGGAGGUGUAUCAAAGGCUGGGGCUGGAAGAUGAUAUCGUCGACCCUUCCAACGAGCUCAUUAAGGAGGGCCCCAUUCAGAAAAUCUCCUUCCGCAACAACACCACAUCGGAGAAGUAUCUCUUCCUGUUCAACAACAUGCUGCUGUUCUGCGUGCCGAAGGUCAUCCAGGUGGGGGCGGAGUUCCAGGUGCGCUGGCGGAUCGACGUGGAGGGCAUGAAGGUGCGGGUACUGAAGGAUGUGGAAUUCCCUCACUCCUUCCUGGUCUCGGGGAAGCAGCGGUCACUGGAACUGCAAGCCAGGUCGCAGGAGGAGAUGAACGCCUGGAUAAAGGCCUUCCAGGAUGCCAUUGCCAAGAAAGAGAAGCAGAGCGAGAGCUUCAAGACAGCAGUUCACGGGCCUGAUGGGGAGGACCAGGAAUUUGCUUUCAAGUCGGAGGAGCUGGGCCGACGGGCCCCGCAGUGGGUGCGAGACAAGCUGGUGACCAUGUGCAUGCGCUGCAAGGAUCCGUUCAACGCCAUCACGCGCAGGAGGCACCACUGCCGGGCCUGUGGCUACGUGGUGUGCGCCCGGUGCUCCGAUUACAGAGCUCCGCUGCAGUAUGACGGGAACCGGCCCAACCGUGUCUGCCUGGAGUGUUACGUCUUCCUGACGGGGCAUCUGCUGCCCGAGGAGCGAGAGGGGAAGCACAAGGGGAUCCUGGAGAAAGAAUCAGCGGAAAUCUCGGGGCAGAGCCUGAUGUGCAGUUUCCUGCAGCUGCUGGAUAAGAACGGGAAAGGGGGAACGCGGGGCUGGUUCGUGAUCCCACAGGAUGACCCCCUGGUGCUGUAUGUGUAUGCGGCACCCCAGGAUGUCAAGGCUCACACCUCCAUCCCCCUGCUGGGCUACCAGGUGAAGGAGCCUCCCCAGAGUGACCCCCGUCACCUCUUCCAGCUGGUCCAGUCCAAGCAGACCUACACAUUUGUGGCAGAGACGGAGGAGCUGAAGCAGCGCUGGAUGAAGAUCAUGGAGCAGUCAGCCAGGGGCAAUGCCUAUCUCUCUGGAGAGGAGGAAGAGGACAAUGACUCAUUUGAUGACCUGGAGUGAUUGGGGCUCUCAGUGACCUCUUCUAGACUGUCUAUGGAUGACUCCAGUCCUUCAUGUCGGAGAGCUCAGACAGUGUGAUCUAGUGGUCACA